UCACCAACCAGCUCCCGCUUUCCACCACGUCGCUCUCUCGUAUCUUCAAACGCGCUUCGUCCACGUCGCACAACAUGGUCAAGGCUACGCUCAACGGCACCGUCCUCGCCGAGUCGGCCAACACCCAGGUCGUCGAGGGCAACCACCACAGCCCGCCCGACAGCGUCAAGAAGGAGUUCUUCACCGACUCGAACACGCACACGACGUGUGGCUGGAAGGGCGUCGCGAGCUACUACAACGCCAACGUCGACGGCAAGGAGGUCAAGGAUGCCGCCUGGUACUAUCCAGCCACGACGACGGACAAGGCCAAGCCGAUCGAGAACUACGUCGCCUUCUACGGCUCGAAGGUGCAGGUCAAGUGAGAGAGAGAGCGCCGGCGUUGCACAGGGAGGAGAGCUUGACAAAUAGGGGGGACAACGACAUGUACAGAGCUUCGAGACGUGGAUAUCGACCGCGAGAGAGGAGGGAAUCGAGAGAAAGAGGAUGAGCGCCGCCGCUCGACUCGAGCCUGAGCCCACGCUCGAACGCCCGCUGCACAAGCGCGACCCCUCGCUCAUUGCGCUCCUCCUCGGUCAUGUCCUCGGCGCGCUUGCCCUCGCCCGGCAGAGGCCGGUUCUCGUCCUCCUCGUCGCGCCGCAUGCGCGCCUCGCCGCGCUUGACCUCGCGCUCGUGCGCGUCGGCGCCCUCGUCCUGCUCGGCCUUGUGGAUGCGCUGCCGAGCCGAGGCGUCUUCCUCGGCCUGCUUCUCCUGGUCGGAAGGCUGGCGCGUAAAGACGCCCUUGAUGCGGCUCGCGAGGUUCUUCUUCUUCUUGGUCGCCGCGCCGUACUUCUCGAUACCGCGCAUCGUGAGGAUCUGUUGGUGCGAGCGAGAGAGAGGGCGAGGAAGGACGGGCG